AUGGAUACACAUUUCCCAUUACACCUGGGGAAAUGUCUCCUUUUCUUUAUGACCUUUUCAUUUUCUCAAGGAUUCUAUAUUCCAGGCUGGUCCAUCAAGAGUUACAAAGACAAUGAGGCAAUCCCCUUACUCGUCAACAAGGUCUUCUCCGAUAAUACACAACUCCAAUACGGAUACUACGACCUCCCAUUCGUAUGCCCCCCUACUGGUGUCAACCACGCCGGCUCGUCACUGCUCAGCGGACAAACCAUUCCAUUGAAUCUAGGCGAGGUACUCAGGGGUGAUCGCAUUGCCCAAUCGGACAUAGAAUUGGUCAUGGGCCAAGAUCAGGAGUGCAAGUUCUUGUGCUCGAAGAAGAUCAGUCGACAGGAUCUGAAGCGCGCAAGAGAGAUGGUCAAGGACGGGUACGUGGCGGAAUGGAUCGUGGACAAUCUUCCAGGGGCUACAAGCUUUGUGACAGUGGACAAGUCCAGAAAAUACUACUCAGCAGGAUUCAAGUUGGGAUACAAAGAAAUCUCGACUGUGGGAAAGUCCAGAUAUUACAUCAACAAUCAUCUCGCCAUCGUCAUCCGAUACAGAAAGGCGCCCGGCAAGGACGGAGAGAGAGGUGGAAAGGUAGUGGUAGGAUUCGAGGUCUAUACGAAGAGUAUUGGACCUGGGAAGAGAUCAGCUUCUGGUUGCCCGACAGAUAUAAACGAUGACGAUGAGCCUUUCGAACUUUAUCUCCGGCCGAAUGGAACCGAUUUAUCAGCUCAGUACCCGGAAUCCUCUUAUCACCCCCCCGAGAGCGCCAUGGAUAUCGAUGAUGGAGCUACAUUAGAUAUCCCCUACUCGUACUCGGUAUACUGGCGCGAAGAAAACACGAUAGAGUGGGCGCAUAGAUGGGAUUUAUACUUUGUGAAUCAGGAGGAAGGCUCCCGAAUCCACUGGCUGGCAAUCAUCAACUCGUUGAUCAUUACCGGGGCUUUGAGCGUCAUUGUGGCCAUGAUUCUGGCGCGGACUAUCAGAUCAGAUAUCAAGACCUACAAAGAUGCAGUCAUCGAAGAUGGGAGGAUGAGGAAUAAGAGACGGUCCAGACCAGCGAGCGCGACACGGACACCUAAAGCAAACGAAAAGACAGGAGGGCUGCUCGAGCAGGUUGGCGACACCGACAAUGAUGCAGAUGUAUCAUCUGACGAGGAACCUCUGGAGGAUGUUACAGGAUGGAAACUGCUUCACGGAGACGUUUUCAGGGCCCCCGCGUAUGGCCACCUCUUGGCACCACUCGUCGGAUCCGGCAUGCAGCUGGUAUUUAUGGCAGUCGGUCUUCUCGCCCUAAGCAGUUUUGGGGUUCUCAAUCCAAGUUUCCGUGGUGGGUUCGUUUCUGUCGGUGUUGGACUGUUCGUAUUUGCCGGGCUCCUCUCGGGAUACUUCUCAGGCCGGGUGUACAAGACCUUUGGUGGUCUCAACUGGCGCAAAAAUUCUAUCAUCACCGCCAUUCUGUUCCCGGGUCUUCUAUUCUCUCUAAUCUUCAUCCUGAAUCUGUUCGUCUGGGCUCAGGCCUCAUCAACCGCCCUGCCCUUCAGUACACUCGUUGGUAUCAUUUUGCUUUGGCUCUGUAUUCAACUACCUCUUGUAUACACCGGGUCAUGGUACGGCUAUCUGCGAACUGGGGCCUGGGAACACCCAACCAAAACGACAACCCUUCCCCGCCAAAUCCCAGUUCAAGCUUGGUACAUCCGCUCGCCACAAUCCAUCCUUCUAGCCGGCCUCAUCCCUUUUGCCGUAAUCUUCAUCGAGCUCCUCUUCGUCUUCCGAUCCCUCUGGCAAGACAAGUCCGGCUACUACUACGUCUUUGGAUUUCUCUCCGUCGUCUCCAUCAUCCUCAUCAUCACCAUCGCUGAGGUCACAGUUGUGACCAUAUACAUCAGGCUCUGUAGCGAAGACUACAACUGGUGGUGGCAUAGCUUUGCGGUCGGUGGCGGCAGCGCGAUUUGGGUUUUCUUGUACUGCGUAUGGUAUUAUUUCACCAAGCUGCAUAUCGAAGGCUUCGUGAGCGGGCUGUUAUUCUUCAGUUACAGUUUCAUGGCUUGUGUGGUUUACGGUCUGCUGUGUGGGACGGUGGGCUUUCUGACGGCGUAUGCUUUUGUGAGGAGGAUAUAUGGCGCAAUAAAAGCCGAUUGA